AUGGCGCCUCCCAAAAAUCGGUGCCGAUCCGGGUGGCCGGACCUGCCGCCGGAUCUCCUAGGCGUCGUCCUCCACCGUCUGCCGUCCCUCGUCGACCGCGUCCGCCUCCGCGCCCUCCCCUGGAUCCUCUUCGGCGACGGCACCCUGCUGGACGCGGCCAACAGCUGCGCGCACCGCGUGCGCCUCCCGGACGACGCCGCCGGCUGCUACAGCGCGGGCGAGAACAUGCUCUUCGUCAUGCACCACGACGGCCGGUGCUCCCUGAUGGACGCCUUCUCGGGCGCCAUGACCCCCCACCCCGAGCUCGCCGCCCUCCUGCGGUACUACAAGGUCGACCCCCACGACGGGAUGUACAGGAGGAGCAUCGAGAAGGUGGUGGUCUCCGCGCCCUCGGCGGCGCUCCCCGUCAUCGCCGUCCUGACCAGCGACUGCAGAGUCAUCGUCUCGACCCGCCGCCCGGGCGGCGAGGUCAACUCCUGCCUGGAGCUCCUCGGCUUCGAGCUCGGCAAUGGCAGCCCCCGCAAGCCGACCCCGGCCGGAGCCAGGCCCGACGUGGUAGGCGGCGUCCCGCUGAUCGAAGGCAGUCGGGCACACGACUCCCACGACAGUUCUCGGUACAUACGCUACAGGAUUCAGAAAAGAUUUCCCGACAGCGUGGCCCGGCUGUACCUGGUCGAGUCCGACGGCAAGCUGCUGAUGGUGAGGCGAUGGGUGAGAUGGGACGCGCCGGAGAGCAUGGCGAGGCGGCGCGUGAGAUCGGCGGCGGACGGACCGGGUGGUUACAGGCGCAUGGAGCGGACUCAGCGGCUGGACGUGUUCGAGGCGGAGCUGGGAGACGGCAGGCCGCGCGUCGGCCGGUGGAAGAAGGUCUACGGCCUGGGUGGCCGGGCGAUCUUCGUGUGUGCACGGUGCUCCAAGUCUGCCCCCGCCGGCGAUGGAGCUCGAGAAGAUUGUGUCUAUUUCCUGAGACGCCAGUACCUUGGGAGGAAGCCCGGUGAUGGCUCGCUCGGGGACUCCGGCGUGUUCGACAUGAGACGUAAGACGAUCACGGCGUUGCUGCCGGAGUCGUCGGUGCCCGCGCCCCUGCCGGGAUAG